AUGCAGCGCGACGGCGAAGAGGCGGCGCCGCAGGAGAAUCCCAAGCGGAUGCGGCGGCCCAGCGUGAGAUUGCACCAGCCCUACUACGAGAACCCCGGGCAUCGCAAGAUCCAGCAGCAAUGGAAGCCCAGGAAAGGCGCCCCCACACCCAGAAAGCCUCGUUCCGCCAAAACCGCGCAUUCCAAAUUCGCCAAGAACGCCGCCGCUAAGGGCGACGGAUUGGGGAAUUUUGAUUUCGAAUACGACGCGGCGGUUGGGGGUUGGAGCAAUUUCACUGCCGCUAAUAGGGAUAGGGAUUUCCAGAGGAAGAGGGUUAGGUCGUCCAAUUCGAAAUCUCGGGCAAUUGGGGAUCAAGAAAAUGGAAAUCUUGGAUUGUCUAGUGAUGGUGAGAGUGGGAAGCUCGAACAACAACACGUAGACGUCGAAGAAGAGGGGGAUUUGGGUGGGAAUCGGUUUAGCAACGAUUUAGUAGCUGAGGAUUCUGAUCCGUCUAGCCCUAAUCAGUCGUUAGGUGACGACGAUGAUAUUGAGAAUCGAAAAUUGAGUGGAGAUCGUGACAAUGUGGGUGGAAAGCAGAGGGGAUUGGGUGAUAAUCGCCAUUCCAGUGAAAUGGGGAGAUCCUUGAUGGCUGGGGAAGAAGAUGGAGAUAGUAGUGGUGUGAGGAUGUGGCUGAAUGAUUUGGGAUUAGGAAAAUAUGUGACACUGUUUGAGAUUCAUGGGGUGGAUGAUGCGGUUCUGCCGUUACUGACUCUUGAAGAUCUCAAGGAUAUGGGGAUUAAUGAGGUUGGGAUACGAAGGAAACUGUAUUCGUCUAUCCAGAAACUCGAUAGAUGGUUCCCCUGA